AUUGCUUUCUAAUAUACAUCAAGGUCCCCCGCAUCGCUGACGAUCUUAGCGAAUCAUCUCCGCUUUAGCUUGAUCUUGAUAAUAGUCGUGAUCUCGAUUAAUAAUAGCGCCAUAGGUUGUAUAAGCAGCAAUAUAUAAAGUCUCCUGAUCAACGCGUCUUCUGAAUAAAAAUAGCGUCAACUUCUCUUCCUCAAGAACGCAUUUUGAAGAGGAGAAAAUUAUUUUCCGUGCUACUAUAUAACGAAUACCAUACGCAUAAGCCAAAACCGCCGACCCAAGAGCGAAAAAAAACCAUGACAAUCCCGACAACUUCAAAAGCUUUGGUAGUGGCAGAAGUGGGCAAACCGCUCUCACUCAUUACAGACCACCCAGUCCCCAAGCCAGGCCCGGAUCAAGUCUUGCUCAAGGUCACCGUCGCAGGCAUCAAUCCCCAUGACCAGAAGACCCGCGAUGAUGGUCUCUUCACUGCCGACGGCCUUCCGGCGCUCGUGACAAACGAUGUUACUGGUACGGUCGUAGCGCUCGGCCCUGGGGUCACUAAGUACCAAAUCGGGGACCGUGUCCUCUCGCAUCCAGGAUUCUCAACGGCGUACAGCCAGAACGGGUCGCAAGAGUAUGCAGUCAACGACAUUGGGGCCGGAUUCCAGAUCCCUGACUCGAUUACCGAUGACGAAGCAGCGACUUUACCGACCAAUAUCAUUGCGCCGCUUGUAGGCCUGUUCGAUGACAAGAACGGAGUGGGGAUCCCCGCGCCGUGGACAGAUGCAGCGAAGUCCUUCGACUACAAAGGAACCGUUCUUCUGAUUCUUGGCGGCGGAAGCAACUGCGGCAAAUUUGCUGUCCAACUGGCUAAACUGGCGGGCAUUGGCACCAUUAUUACUGUCGGCGGACCUGAGCAAGAGUUGAAGAGCUACGGCGCCACUCACGUCCUCGAUCGCCAUGGCGGAUACGAAGCAGUCCUCGAGAGGGUGCGCAAGGUGGUUGGCGAUGAUUUGAUCUAUGCCUUCGAUGCGAUCAAUGUUCCUGCCGAUCAGAUCCUGGGUUUGAAUGCAUUGUCGAGCAGCAAGAAAGGCAAAGUAGCGAGGCUUUUGCCCCUCGGCCCGGUUGAUGAGACCAAAGUGGUAGGUAAGAAGGCUGGCUUCGAACUGAUUGAUGUCUUCGGGUCAUCUCAGGCUAGGCCUGCACUUGCCUAUCCAUUUUGGGAACACGUGCCGGCGUAUUUGACGAGCGGCAAGAUCAAGCCGUUGAGUUUCACGGUCAAACAGGGGUUGACUGCGGAGAAUGCAAACAGUGUGCUGGAUGCAUACAGAGAUGGCAAAAGGGUCCAGAAGACGCACAUACACGUUUGAUACCUUCAUGGUCAAGCUGGCGUGGGUUGAGACUUAGUUUCCGCCAGGCCGGAGGA